CAAGUUCCUUGGGUUAUACGUCUCCCAUUAUCCAUGCGAACAGACCAGAGAACGUCGCAUCGCAAACCCGGUCGUCGUCAGCAGAUUCUAAACUAGAACUGCAUUUUCGCAUAUCUUGGUCUGUCGGUUUUUAGCGUGUUUUGUGACAAACGCGUUUCGCACAUCUCGCGUUUCGCACAUCUCGCGUUUCGCCAUAUCUCCCUGCCAUGGCUCCCAAGAAAGGCGAUUCCGCUGGCGGGACGAGUGGCAAAGGCGGUAAAGCAGGUUCCGGAAAGCCGGCUGCCGCGGACCGGAAAAAGUUUUCCGUCAGCAGCAUUGUGGUCGAGGAGAAGGGCAAAGGGGAGAAAAAGCCGUCCGCCGCUUCUUCCGGCGGCGGCGGCGGCGGGGGGGGGAAGAAAUCGCGCGCUCCCCCGAGCAAGAAGCCGCAAGACGAUUAUCUCGCGGGCGUCGAUCUCCCGCCGUCCGAUGACGAGGAGGAAGACAUAAUCGACGGCGGAGAUGACGGGGAGUUCGUUGAGGAUGACGAUAUCGGCGGAGCCAAGGCGGGGAGGGGCCGCGGGCUUGUAACGGGGAUGGGGAAUCUGCAGAUGUCGGAUAAACAAGCGAAGAAAAAGAAGGAGAAGGAGCAAAUGCUUGAGCAAGCCCAGGAGGAGGCGCGAAAGGAGGCUCUUAAAGCCGACGAUGCUAACGCGUUCUCCGUCACUCUCGGGUCCCGAGUCGCGGAUAUGGACGCCGCGGACGACGCGGACGGCGCGGCGGGAACCGCGGCGGGUUCUGCGGCCGACGCGAACGUGCGCGAUAUUAAAGUGGAGAACUUCUCGGUCUCAGCGCGCGGAAAGGAACUAUUUAGGAACGCGUCGCUAACUAUCGUUCACGGGCGGCGGUACGGUUUAGUAGGUCCUAACGGCAAGGGUAAGUCGACGGUUAUGAAACUGCUGGCGCGGCGGCAGCUGCCGGUGCCACGUGGCAUCGACGUGCUAUUGGUGGAGCAGGAGGUGGUCGGGGACGAAAGAUCCGCGUUAGAAGCUGUCGUGACUGCGGAUCAGAAGCUCGUGAAGCUGCGCGAGGAAGAAGCGCGGUUACGUGCGAUCUUGGAUAAAUACUCGCACGCGGAAGGGGAGGGAGAGAAGGGAAAAGAAGGGGCAAAUCAGGGGGGAGGUGCAGAGACGGCAGAAGGAACGGCAGAUGCUGCUACAACCGAGAGCGCAACGACUGCGAAGGCGAAAGGGAAAGCGAAAAAGAAGGCCAGUCAGGCAGCAGCAGCUGCAGCUGCAGCCGCCGCAGCGGCAACUGCGGAAGCGGAGGAGGAAGACGAGGCGACGGCGAGCGAGAAGCUCGCGCACGUGUACGACGAGAUGCGCGAGAUAGGCGCGGAGGCGGCGGAAGCGCGCGCGUCGAAAAUCCUGGCGGGUUUGGGGUUUACGAAAGAGAUGCAGGCGCGAUCGACCAAGUCGUUCUCCGGGGGGUGGCGGAUGCGGAUCUCCCUCGCGCGCGCGCUUUACGUGCAGCCGACGCUGCUGCUAUUGGACGAGCCUACUAAUCACCUGGAUCUUAGGGCAGUCCUAUGGCUGGAGGAGUAUUUGAUGCGGUGGAAGAAGACUUUAAUCGUCGUGUCGCACGACCGGGACUUCCUGAACUCCGUGUGCACGGAUAUCAUCCACCUGCACGACGAGAAACUGUUCUUCUAUAAGGGCAACUUCGAGGGCUUCGAGGAGAUGUACGAGCAGAAGCGGCGGGAGAACAACAAGAAGUUCGAGGUGUACGAGAAGCAGCUCAAGGCGGCCAAGCGGUCGGGGAACAGGCAGAACCAGGACAAGGUGAAAGACCGGGCGAAAUUCAACGCACAGAAAGAGGCCAGGAAGGGCGGCAAGAAGAGCGCCAGCUCAGCAGGCGACGCGGACGACGACACGCCAGCCGAAGCCCCCAAGCGGUGGCGCGACUACGCCGUCGAGUUCCACUUCCCAGAGCCCACUGAACUCACCCCGCCCCUCCUGCAACUCAAGGAAGUCUGCUUCUCCUACCCCAACCGCCCGGAUUUCGCACUCUCCGAGGUGGAUGUGGGGAUAGACAUGGGCACGCGGGUGGCUAUAGUCGGGCCGAACGGCGCAGGAAAAUCGACUUUGCUGAAUUUGUUGGCCGGGGAUUUGCAGCCGACGCAGGGGGAGUCUAGACAAAGCCAGAAGCUGAGGAUCGGGAGGUAUUCUCAGCACUUUGUGGACCUUCUGGCGUUUGAUGAGACCCCCGUGGAGUACUUGCUGCGGCUGUACCCGAACCAGGAGGGCCCGAGCCGGCAGGAGGCGGUUCGGAGCAGGCUUGGGAAGUUUGGGCUGCCGAGCCACAACCACCUGACGCCGAUUGUGAAGCUGAGCGGGGGGCAGAAGGCCCGGGUGGUGUUCACGGCUAUCAGCAUGGCGCGGCCGCACAUACUGCUGUUGGACGAACCCACCAACCAUCUGGACAUGCAGAGUAUCGACGCACUGGCAGACGCUUUGGAUGAGUUCACGGGAGGGGUGGUGCUGGUGUCGCAUGACUCGCGGCUGAUCUCCCGGGUGUGCGACGACGAGGAGAGGGCCGAGAUCUGGGUUGUUGACGACGGCACGACGAAGAAGUUUCCGGGGAGCUUCGAGGAUUACAAGCAGCAGCUGAUCAAGGAGAUCAUUGCCGAGGUGGAGGACUAGAGGGGGGUUAGUCAGUAAAAAAUCAUUAAGGGUUUAGGAAAUGGAGUACCGGUACUAGCAGCAGCUGCCUAGAGAGGGUCAGUCGGGCAAGGGAGAGUCGGUCGGGGCUGAGUGGAUGGGAUGGGAAUACCGGUACAAUCAGCAGGUGAACCAGGUGGUCAUUGCCGAGCUGGAAGAUUAUAGUAGAGGGGACGGCCCGACGGGUAAGGUGUUUGGAGAGUGAUUAUGGUGGUGCGUUUGUGGAGUGGAGAGAUUUCCAGGUGAUGGUGUGGAUCGGUUUAGGGUUUAGAGUACAACCAGCAGCAGAUCCAGGAGGUUAUUGCCAAACGGGUGGGUGGGGGUUGAGGGAAUGGGAGCGUGGGUGGGUGGGGAAGAGUAGAGUACAAUGAGCAGUGGAUCAAGGUUAUUUUUGCAGAGGUGGAGGACUAGAGGGGGGGUCACUGGUUGGUCGGUCAGGCUAGGGCAAGUUGGGGUUGAUAGGAUGGAUGAAUUACUAGUGGCUGCUUACUGAGGAGAUACCGUAUGGGAGGAGUGGAGAAUAAGGGUUUGGCAUGAGUGUUGCAAAGUUUCUGUUGGAGUAUGAGGAAUGUUCCUUCUUCAGGUUUGAGGUUUAGGUGUCCUCUCAUGUUGUACUAGAGAUGAUUUCA